AAUGGAGAAGUGGGGGCCCAUAAAAAAACUUGUAACCCUUUUUUAUUUUUUUUGGAAAACCCAAUUUCAACAGUUUGUCUUCUACAGUUGGCUUCUCCACGCCAUUCGCCACGGUUACGUCUGCAAGACUGCAACUCAAGUCUCAACCACUCCUAAAACCUACCGGCGACGGGCAACGGCAAAGUCACAUCGUCCUUCUGUGGCGGUCUUCUAUUAUCGGACUCGUUGGUACUAUUUGGUCCGGCAUCAGAUCUCAGAGUUAUGGUGGACAGCAAUAAGAAUCCAGUGCUGACGGCGGAGGCCACUGCUCAGCUACACGAGGGCGUAAAUUUGGUGCUCUCCCGAUGGGCUGCUCUUCGAAUGGCCGUCGAGAAUGAGUGGGGUGGUCGUGAUUCUGUCCAGAAAUCCCAACAACUAGCCCAAAUUAUCUGUCACGCCCUCACUCAAUCCAAAGAGAAAGUAUACUUUGAAGAUAUACAGAAAAUGCUGGAGGAAUCCAUGCUCUCUCUCAAAACUGUGAUAGAGGAUGGGAGCAUUGAGGAGAUAGCAGAAAAGUUGAUGUUUAUGCAAGAAGAAUGUGCUGAAGGUAACUUUAACUCAAUAAAAAUCCUGAAGGAAACAAAUACUCCAAGUUUUUCUUAUGUCAGACAGGCUCGUAGUGAUGAUGAAGAUGAUAGCGAUGACGACAACGAUCAUGAUGGUGAUAAUUCAACAGAAAUGACAGUUGAUGCUCCUGAUUCGAGUUUGAAUAAAGAGGACAUGAUGAUUGAUGAACCUAGACCCCAGGAAGUGGCUGAAGUAGAAGAUGGAUGGACUGUAGUUGCAUCCAAGCGAAAUAAAGGUGGAAGGAACUGAAUUAUACUCAAGUGUACUUGUGUCAUUAAACCUGCGCAUCGGAAUCCUUAGAAUUUACCAGCUUGAAUAUGACGUUAAAUAGGAGAUUGCUGGAAAAGUAGUUGUGUCUUUUAGUAUGUUUCUGGUAAUUUAGUCAUCGAAAAUGUACUGAGAGUCUAAAAUCAUAAAAAUAAAAAUAAAAAUUAUUCUAAUA